UUGUUUCGAAGCGGCCGCGCGUUAGUCCCACUCCUCGAAGGGUUUUUUCCGGGAAAGCUGGAGAUUGAGUACAAUGCAAAGGGCUUCACGAUUGAAGAGAGAGCUGCAUCUGCUGACCACAGAGCCACCACCAGCCAUUACUUGCUGGCAGAAUGGAAGUCGCAUAGAUGAACUUACUGCCCAAAUACUGGGUCCUGCAAAUACACCAUAUGAGAAAGGGGUUUUUGAAUUGGAGGUAAUUGUGCCUGAAAGGUAUCCUUUUGAACCCCCAAAGAUACGCUUUCUGACUCCCAUCUAUCAUCCCAAUAUUGACUCAGCUGGAAGAAUUUGCCUGGAUGUUCUCAGAUCACCACCCAAGGGUGCAUGGAGGCCAUCCUUGAAUAUUGCUGCUGUCCUGACUUCCAUACAGAUGCUUAUGAAUGAGCCCAACCCCGAUGAUCCUCUCAUGGCUGACAUAUCCUCUGAGUAUAAAUACAACAAGCAAGAAUUCCUCAGAAAUGCCAGACAAUGGACAGGGAAGUAUGCAGGCCAGACAACAAUGGCUUUGAAAAUUCUAGAUGAAGAAAGUCAACAAAACAACAUGGAGCUACCCAAAGAUUCCAGCAUUUCCCAGAAGAGGAAAGGAAGCAAUAUCAGUGGAUUGUCCAAAAAAUCCCGCUCAGAAACAUAGGUUCUCUUCUGUAUGAUAUUCCAGAGACAUAAAUCUGUAUGUCUCUAGUGUUACCUUCCAUCACUUCAAUAGGUCUAAUGCAAUUAAUGUAUUGCGUACUUAUUAUGUUAAUAUGUCUCUUGUUUUGUCAGUGAAAUUAGUGUCUGAAAU